UCUCCAUCUCAUUCCAUCUAAACUCUUUAUUCUUUCCAAAUCAAACUCUUUUUUUCAAAAUUUCUUCAAUCUCUCAAACUUUUUCCAAGUGAUUACUUGUUACGUCCAACUCUUCCUAAUUAAUUCGCUUCUUGCUGGCACAUUUCAGUCAAGCUUUGUGGCUAUAUUUAUUUCACAAAAAUAUACCCAGAAACUAACACCACAAAAGAUGAAGCUGCUGUCAGAGAAAGCCACGUGCAACUCUCACGGACAAGAUUCUUCAUACUUCCUAGGAUGGCAGGAGUAUGAGAAAAACCCAUACGAUGAAGUUCAGAAUCCUAAAGGAAUCAUCCAGAUGGGUCUUGCAGAGAAUCAGCUCUCUUUUGAUUUAUUAGAGUCAUGGCUAGCACAAAACCCGGACGCAGCUGGGUUUAAGAGAAAUGGAGAGUCAAUAUUCAGAGAGCUUGCUCUGUUUCAAGAUUACCAUGGCCUUCCGGCUUUCAAGAAUGCAAUGACUAAAUUCAUGUCAGAAAUCAGAGGAAACAAAGUAAGCUUUGAUUCAAACAAGCUCGUUCUCACAGCCGGUGCAACUUCCGCAAAUGAAACUCUCAUGUUUUGUCUAGCUGACCAAGGCGACGCUUUUCUCCUUCCUACCCCAUACUACCCUGGAUUCGACAGAGACCUCAAAUGGAGAACUGGAGCUGAGAUUGUGCCAAUACAGUGCACAAGUUCAAAUGGCUUCAGAAUUACAGAAGCCGCUCUUGAAGAAGCUUAUCUAGAAGCCAAAAGGCGAAACCUUAGAGUGAAAGGUGUUCUAGUGACCAACCCAUCAAACCCAUUGGGCACAACACUAAGCCGAAAUGAGCUUGAGCUCCUUCUUAGUUUCAUUGACGCAAAAGAAAUCCAUCUCAUUAGUGACGAGAUCUAUUCAGGGACUGUUUUUAACUCGCCUAACUUCGUUAGUGUCAUGGAAGUUCUAAUUGAAAAGAACUACAUGAAAACCCAAGUUUGGGAACGAGUUCACAUUGUUUACAGUCUUUCGAAAGAUCUCGGCCUUCCCGGUUUUAGAGUUGGUGCAAUUUACUCCAACGACGAGAUGGUUGUCUCUGCGGCAACAAAGAUGUCCAGUUUCGGUUUAGUUUCUUCCCAAACUCAGUACCUUCUAUCAGCCAUGCUCUCCGACAAAAAAUUCACGAAAAAAUACAUCUCUGAAAAUCAGAAGAGGCUAAAGAAACGACAUGCAAUGCUUGUACGGGGUCUUAAAAAUGCUGGUAUUAGCUGCCUCGAAAGCAAUGCUGGUUUAUUUUGUUGGGUUGACAUGAGGCAUUUACUUAGCUCUAACACAUUUGAAGCUGAAAUUGACUUAUGGAAGAAAAUAGUGUACGAUGUUGGCCUAAACAUUUCGCCUGGAUCAUCAUGCCAUUGUAAUGAACCAGGUUGGUUUCGUGCAUGUUUUGCUAACAUGUCCGAGGAUACACUAAACCUCGCCAUGCGACGUAUGAAGUCUUUUGUGGAGUCCACUGCUAUCAGUACCAACAAUAAUCCAAGUCAUCAAACUUAUCAACAAUCUAACACAACAAGUUCAAAGAAGAAGUCAUUCUCCAAGUGGGUUUUUCGGCUAUCGUUUAACGACCGUCAAAGAGAACGAUAGACCAGUGUGAACAUACCCUUGUCCAGAUGAUUUUUUUACUCAACAUUUAGAUGUUGAGUUCCCAAUAUUUUUUUGUAUGAUCAAAAUACUUUUUAAUUUUCUUUUUUGUAUUUUUGUAUGUAGAGGGUGCACUCUGUCCAUGUGAUGGACGAGAAGUGGUUUAUCAUAACUUUUGUAAAUGUAUCGAAGAUCGGAUAUCUGCAGCGAAUCUUCUUGAACUGUUCAAUGUUCAAAUUAGUACUACAUGAUUAUCUCA